AUGGCCAAUUGGGUCAAGACUCUGGCCGAGGCUACAGUUGGGGACGAGGUCAGGAUUGAGGAUUUUGAGGGGUUUGGGGACGGUGCUGUUUGUUUCGAGAGGGCGGUUGAGUUUCGGCAUCUUGAGCGGGGGCUGGAGAGGGAGGGGAGGGAGAGGGUUUAUGACAUGAUGAGAUGCAGAGCCAGAGAUUAUUGUGGGGUUAAGGUGAACGGUGAAAGCGGCGGUGAGAUUAGAGUUACUUUGUUGCUGAGAGUUGGAGGGAGAGCGUUCAAGAAUGAGAGCGCUGUGAUCGGAGUUUUUGAGAGGGAGUGUGGGAAGGUGGAUGGGUGCGGGAUGAAGGUGAGGCUGCUGAGCGAGACAGACAUCCUAGUCUCCAGCCACGGAGCACAGAUGACAAACAUGAUCUUCAUGAACAAAAACAGCAGCGUGAUGGAGUUCUUCCCUAAAGGAUGGCUCGAGCACGCGGGCGUCGGACAAUACGUCUUCAAAUGGAUGGCGUCUUGGUCGGGGAUGCGGCAUCAAGGACAAUGGAAGGAUCAAGAAGGAGAAAACUGUCCUUACGAUAACAAUUCUCAGUGUUUUAAUUUCUAUAAAGAUGGCAAGGUUGGACACGAUGAAGCAUAUUUUGCGACCUGGAUGGCUGAUGUCCUUGAUGAGGUGAAGGAAUUAAAGCGCAGUGCUAAGCAAGAGAUCAAGGAGAGUGCGUGUCAUUGCCCUAGCUAG